AUGCAACAAAAAAGUAGAGAAAAAGUCUUAUUUGAAAAGUACUUGCGUCGAACAAAUAAAUUAUUGAAUAUUACGGGCAUACAUCUAAAUGAGAAGGAUAGUAAUAGAUCACUAACACAACGCCUUCGUCAUCGUUGGUUUUACUGCAUUAACACUAUAUGGCUAUAUACAGCUAUUAUUGGACAAAUCAAAUGGUUUAUGGAAGCUAUUACGACUAACAAAGGCAUUACAGAAAUCACAUACUUCAUGCCCUGUAUUACUCUUUGUUUCAUAGGAUAUUUUAAAGCCUAUGAUUUUGUGAAGUAUGCUCAUUGUGUUAACGAAGUGGUAGACAAUUUGAGAAAAUUGCAGAAUAUGUCUUUAGAAAAGCAAAAGUAUCGCGAUGAAGUUGAAAAAGAAAUGUUAAACAAUAUAUUGAGGAUCUAUAACAUAUUCACUAACCUCCAUGUAUAUACUUACUUUCUUGGUCUGCUGUCAUUUAGUAUUGGUCCCCUACUCACCAUGGCUGUUUAUUACUAUUCAACUGGAAAAAUUAUUUAUAUGUUGCCUUUUUUCAUUUGGUAUCCACUUGAUAAAACAAAAUUAAUAAAUUGGGUCAUUAUUUAUAUUCAUCAAAUUUGGACAGCUGUUAUUGCUGUCUUCACGGUUUUGGGCUCUGACAAUUUCUUUGCUACUUGCUCUACAUUCGUAAAUAUACAAUUUUACUGCCUUCAUUAUGAUAUAGAAAAAAUUGAUACUGGUACGAGAAAUAAAAAAGGAAGAUAUGUGAAUUAUGUUUUUCGGGGACAAUUUAAGCAAAUAAUUAAAAGACAUAAAAUAUUAAUUGAUUGCGUGAAUUUUAUGGAAACAAUUUACACAAAAUCGAUCUUAUUCAACGUUGCUACGAGUUCAGUUAUCAUCUGCGUUACUGGCUUCAAUAUUAUGAUAAUAGAUCACAUAACUAUGAUGAUACCUUUUAUUUUCUUUCUCGUAGCGGCAACCUUACAAAUAGUCGUUUUAUGUUACUACGGGGACAAAAUAAUGCAAUACAGCAUGGAAAUAAGUGAUGCAGUAUACAAUAGUAAGUGGUAUUUAGCAGAUGCCAAAAUCAUGAAAGAUUUACUGUUUCUUUCUAUUAGAUCUCGGAGAGCCUGUAAAAUAACGGCAUAUCAGUUUACUGACCUUAAUUUGAAUACAUUUGGCAAAAUAAUGGGAAGGUCUUGGUCAUAUUUCGCUUUACUGCAAACUAUAUAUGGAAGAAAAAACUAA